AUGACGAAGAGCCCAGCCGACAAACCAAGAUACCAUUACCGGGACCUGGAUUUGACCUCGAAAGAGAUCCGCGUGGUUGAGCUGCUGCCCGGCGCCUUCGACGAGGCGAUCCGUAUCAAGUUCCAUCACGUCGCCCUGUCGCCACGCCGACCGUCCGCCAUCCGACUGCCCCCGACCCGGAAGGAAAUCCAGAAGACGCUGCCGUCCGACUGGAUAGUUCGCGUUUGCCUCGACGGGCGCUUCAUUUUUGAACGUCAGAGACAUUACGGCCCGGAGGAGCCCUACGAGACGUCCUGGCUGCACCCCUUGACAGGCGUCGACCCCAACGUCGCCUUCGACGACAACAAGCUCGAGUACGAGGGCUUGUCGUACGUCUGGGCGCCUGCGGGCGGCGAGGAAUAUGCCUACGUUGUCGAGCCCACGGCGCCGUCGACGGGCGCCGCAUCGUCUAGCCUGAACAUCCGUCCGAACCUCGCAGCCGCCCUGCGGCAUCUCAGAUACCGCGAUACUCCCCGGAGGCUGUGGAUCGACGCGCUGUGCAUCAACCAGGCCAACCUCGAAGAGCGCAACCAGCAGGUUCACAUGAUGUGCGACAUCUACCGCCGAGCGAACCACGUCGUAGUAUGGCUCGGGCCAGAGGGCGGGUAUAGCAAGCUGGCUCUUUCUGCGCUGCGUCAUCUCGGCGAGCAGGCUGUGUACACGGAACGAGGGGCGUGGAGGACCAACCCGCCUGGGUGCAGCAACCCCGAGCUCGCCCGAGCCUCGGUGGCCUUGCCCUUUGACGAGCAGACCUGGGAUGGCAUCACAAACCUCCUUCAGCGGUCCUGGUUCGAGCGUCUCUGGGUCUGGCAAGAGGUCCGUCUUGCGGACGAGCGGUCCUUCAUGCUCUGCGGGCCCGACAGCAUCUCGCUGUCCGUCUUCCGCCGCGCCAUCUUCUGCGCCAGCGACAAGAAGGUCCUCCCCAGCGCCCAUGUGAGGGGGCUCAUCCUCGAUGCCGUCGAGGUGAUGCUGCCGUUCUCCCACCAGCCGUUCUUCCGCGAGCUGCAGACGCUCAACUGGAAAGGCUGCGCGGAUCCGAGAGACAAGAUCUAUGGCGCCCUGGGCGCGGCCCCCGCAGCCAUCAGGGAGCGUGUCAGGCCGGACUACUCGCUCCCCGUCGAGCAGGUCUACAGCCAGUUCUGCAAGGCCUACCUGGAGGAGCUUAGGAGGUUGGACUUCCUCGACCGCUGCAACGUCGAUGCCCGCAAAAUUGAGGCGCCCUCGUGGGUGCCGGACUGGUCUGUCCCCGUCGACCGCGCCGUCCGACUGCCAUACGCCGACGUCUUCUACGCAGCUGGCGCCUCCGCGGCAGAGAUCAGCUUCCGACCGGGCGUAGGAGGCCACGCCGGCGAGCUUAUGGAGGCGGCGGGCGUGACCUGCGGCACUGUCUCGUUCGUCGGGCAGAAGUCGACGGCCGAUUCCGAAGGCCUCCUUGCCGCGGUGAAGGCGUGGGAGCCGGCGGCGCUCUCGACGGAGCGGUACGCCCCGACAAAUGAGAGAGCCAUCGACGCCUUUGUCACGCUUCUCGGGCUGGGGUACAUGAUCGAGCGGUGGCCGCAGUGCAACAGCCUCCUCACGGUACCCGAGGCGGCGGAGCUGUACGGCCGAGAGUUCAUCAGCGAUCUCGAGGGCGACGCCGUCUCCCACGAGUCCAUCAACUUCAUCCGCGUCAGGCAUCGGUACUUCAUCAAGACGGACACGGGGUACAUGGGCACCUCCCACGCGCGGCCAGAGGUAGGAGACCAGCUCGUCGUCUUGCUGGGCUGCCCAUCGCCGCUGCUCGUGAGGCCGGCGGCACCGGACCCCCCUCACUCUCCGACCGGGGAACGGCCUCGACGGUUCAGGGUUGUUGGGGCCACGUAUACCCACGGGCUGAUGGACACUGAGGCGCUGCUCGGCCCGCUGCCCGACGGCUGGAGGGCUCGCAUGGCGCGUGAGUCCGGCUUCUUCGACUCGAUGCACUUCUUCUCGGCCGCGACGGACGAGGUGACCAAGCUGGAUCCCAGGCUGGGAGAGGAUCCGCCCGAGUGGGAGAGGAUGGAGGCCGUGAGGAGCGGCGCCGACCCGUGGAACUUUGCCCGGUACAGGCACAGGGACACGAGGGAGGUGAUCAACUCGGACCCGAGACUGACGGCGUCUGAGUUGGAAGCUCGGGGUGUCCAAGUCGAAACGUUCGGUCUUAUUUGA